CGCGAACAAGUUCUUUUCGUUAACUAUACAACACUAUUGGGCCAACUCGCUGUAAUACCGUGGUUCUUCUUUAUUAUAUAAUUUAAUUGACAGAGUUCAAUGUGAAUCCGCAACCCAAACAAACAAGCCACAAAUCCAGAGUGUGAGUGUGCAGCCUGCCGACAAAAACAAUGAUAAAAAGAUAGCAGAUGGGCACAUUUUCGCACCGUAAACAGAAGCAGAAACACCAUGAAUGACGAUGACGAUGGCCCGGUGGAGCGACUUGACUCGUUUAUGGCCAAUUCAGAUGUCAGUACAAGAAUAAGAACUACAACAACAACAGCAACAAUAAUACCAAAGUCUAGCGGUGCUGUCAUCUUUUCCGAACGCUUCUUUGGUGCCUUUCAAUGGGAGGAAUUCGCCUGCGGAUGUGGGUCAGCCUUUGUCAAUAUUUCCGUAACGUAUCCCAUUUAUAAGAUUAUAUUCCGGCAAAUGUUACAUGGCGUUGCAAUCACAUCCGCCUUUGGCCAACUACGUCAUGAGGGACUUGGCUUCUUGUAUCGCGGAAUGCUGCCACCAUUGGCUCAAAAAACCAUCUCCUUGUCGAUUAUGUUUGGCGUUUUUGAUGGCACACGCAGAUAUAUGGUAGAGGAUUAUCGUCUAAACGACUAUGGAGCUAAAGUGAUGGCGGGCUUAGUGGCUGGCAGUGUAGAAUCAAUCCUAUUACCCUUUGAACGCAUUCAAACGCUUUUGGCCGAUUCAAAGUUCCAUCAAUACUUUUCCAAUACAUCGAGUGCGUUUAGAUAUGUGGUAACAAAUUAUGGUUUUCGGGAAUUAUAUAGAGGCAUUGAACCAGUAUUUUGGCGUAAUGGAUUAUCAAAUGCAUUGUUUUUUAUGCUCAGGGAGGAGGCUAGCGUCCGUCUGCCCCAGAGAAAAUCGUUGUCCACCAGAACAGUACAGGAAUUUGUUGCCGGCGCAGUGAUUGGAGCCAGCAUUAGCACAUUAUUUUAUCCAUUGAAUGUGAUCAAAGUGUCGCUACAAAGUGAUAUGGGCCAUCCAACGGAGGGCAGCUGGCAGGCGUGCAAAAGAAUUUAUCGGGAACGUGAUAGUCGGAUUGGGCAUUUCUAUCGUGGAUGUGCCUUCAAUACGGGACGAUCGUUCAUCAGUUGGGGAAUAAUGAAUACCGCCUAUGAGAAUCUAAAGAAACUUAUGCAUCAGAGGCCACAAAGACCGCGAAAUGCGACCAAUUGAUUGUAUUAGCUAUGAGUCAUCAAACUAAGCUGAAUAUGUAUAGUCUGUCUACAAACACACACUUUCCUUCUGCCUCUUUUAGUUAGCAAAUUAAUUAUUUUUUUCGUUCUAAGUCUCAUUCAAUGUAUAUACCAAAACAAAUAUAGACAUCGUAUAAGGAAAACUGA